CAACACUCACAAACUCCAAGGCAUGACAUGAUCCGGGACUCUUCAUAGAGAGGGGGCCCUCGCAAAGACAUGGACUUUCAUCAAAUGAGACUUUAAGACUGCUUCACUUGCUUAAGACGACCUUGGAGCACCGAAAGAAGGGAAGUUGAAUUGUUCCCUGAUGGCGUUCCCAGAUGACAGCUCUUUUUUUAACUCCACCUCCUCCCCUUCUAACAUGACCACAAUGGCGAACGCUUCCAACUGCACAGAUUGGCCCCCAGUGCCCGUGACUACAAUCAUCCCGUCCAUCUACAGUGUUAUUUGUGUAUUGGGUAUCAUCGCCAACACCCUGGCCGUGUGCGUGUUGGCCCACGCCAGCGCCUCAAGGAGAACCGUAGCCAACACGUUCAUGCUGAACCUUUGCGUGUCUGACCUUCUGUUCCUGCUCUCUCUCCCGCUGUGGGCCGUCUACUACUCACAGGGCUACAGCUGGCCCUUUGGACGCGUGGUGUGCAAGAUCUCCGGCGCGCUCCAUAACCUCAACCUGUACGCGUCCAUCUUCUUCAUCACGUGCAUGAGCAUGGACCGCUACUUAGCUUUGGUGCACCCGCUACGCUCUCAGAGCGCACGAGACCCCAGACGUGCCAAGCUCAUGUGCAUCCUGGUGUGGGUUCUGGCGUGUGCCUGCACUGCCCCCACCAUGGCUCUGAGGGACACCCACUACAUUGAGGCAUUGGGCGUGGAGGCUUGUGUGAUUCUGUAUCCGGAUAAUACCUGGUAUCUGAGUCUGGCCUGGAUGAAAGUACUGCUGGGGUUCCUGCUACCAAUGGUCAUCAUCUCUUGUUGCUACUGCGCCAUUGGUAGGCACUUCCUGUCCGGGUCUGGGCUCAUAAGAAUGCAGAAACCGUCACGCUAUGGCAGCACAUGUAAAUCCUCGGGGUCACAGGACAGCUGCGGUAAACCGGAGAGACCCCCGACACCAUGUGUGAACCCCAGUCCCAGUGGAGGCAGACCCGUGGAGGGACGAGGGCUUGAAAGGGUCUUGUGGACUGUGGCUGCUGUGGUCUUGGCCUUCUUCUUGUGCUGGUUCCCCUUCCACUGUGUAACAGUCAUCGACAUACUAAGGAGUGACAACUGGUUGGAUAGUUGCUGGGCGGAUUGGACCAUCCACAACCUCACUCCUCUGACCCUUUGCUUGGGCUUCUCCAACUCCACCAUCAACCCAGUGCUUUAUUGCUUCAUCGGGAACCACUUCCGAGGCCGCCUGGGGGCCCUGAGUAAGGGUCUGUGUGUGCGUUUAAAAGCUCGUGAGGAGGACCACAGUCAGAAGAGGGGCUCCUUCAGCACAAGGCUCAGUUCCUUCUCACGAAAACUCAGUGACCUGAAAGAUCUGGCGAUUGUUGAAGCCUCCGCUCAUGCUAAUGAAACUUAGCACUGGGAAAUGAACAAGAAUUUAUUCAAUUUAGUCUGAAAAUUGCCGGUUGCUUUGCCAAAUGGUCAGAAGAACAGAUUGUGACUUCAGAUUCAGAGCUUCCAAAGCAAAGACGAAAUGAAGAAGUGCAGCUUGGGGUCGUUCAGGAUGACACAUGAAGUCAGGUUUCACAGAGAAUACUUUUAAGUGUUUUCUGCACAAGACCUUCAAGCACAUCCUCUACUUUCUAAAUCUUGCAUGCAGCGGCCAUUGUGGAACAUGCUAAAGGCUAGCACGGUACUGUACUAGACCACAAAUAAGAACCCUUGUAUCUCACUCACACUGCUGUACCUGUUACCUAGUAACUAAAUCAGAAUAUUAUUAUAUUGUUUUCCAGUGUCAAGUCCAUUUAAGUGGCUUUGAUGACUCUAUGUUUCAAUUCAGGUUCCAACAGUUUCUUUCACUAUCACGUUAUUUUAUUAAUUUCUAUAACAAUACCAAACCUGAACGACUGUAUCACUGUGUCACUGUGUCUUUUCAGAUUUAUAUUUACUUUUUUUCAAUGUACGCACAAUCAAACUGUGACAGUGGCUGCUAUGCUAGCACCAUGGCUAGUUUCAGUUACAUCACCAUUACCUUGGAAUACUACGAUGUUGGACUAAUAUCACACUUCUGCCUGCCCAAAAGCCAUGGAAGUCUACAAACCGAUACGUUUCUGACCGUGUGGAGGUGAAAAGCUGGAUAUAGGAAAUUUUGUCCAAAGUUUGGGACUGCUAAGUUUCCUGUCAAGAUGGAAGUCCAAUAAACGUUGUUGAACAAAGCAGUGGGACAGUGCCUUAAAGGAAAACUGCACUUUUUUUGUAUUUUGCCGACCAUCCACAAGCCGUAUGUCAGACAUGAAGUCAUGUCUUUCUCUUUUCUGUGUGUUCUAAAGAUAUACAAACAGAUAGAAACAGACAGCUCAUUACUUUAUGGAUGGGACCCAUUUAUUAUUCCUAUAUUUAGCCUUCUGAAAACACACUGGCGAGCUACUAGCUCCACCAAGGACCCCCCCAAAAAAACCUAUAUUUUCAGUUAACCAUUCAAUAAUAUUUGACUUUACAUAAAAAAAAAAUGGUCAGGAUAUGAAUAAAUGUGUGCUUCACUGUCAGAAAAUGCAAUUCAAAUGUAUAGAUUAUUCACUGUUGACUCUAUUCAGGCUACAAUAGGCCUCUUAAAAGGCAGAGUUUUGCUUUUUACUUUUAAGAACCACAAUUUAUGUGUAAUCUAAUACUUUGUCACAUCUUGUAAUUUCUUUCAUAUUUGGCUUCAUUGCUGACUUUAAUUGUAAAAUAAAGUGCAAAUAGUUUCCCUUUAUGGGUGCUUCUGUGGCCCCUGUUGAGUGUGUGUGAGGUUUCCCUUGUUUCUUUGACCAGAAAAGUGCAUUAGAAGCAUGUUGGAAAAAACAGAAAAAAAUGACAUACUAACCCCUUACGAUUUUUGUCAAAAAUCACGCCCUCAAACACUGGCAUUUUAUGGCGUUUUUGGGUGCUUCUGGGCCCCCUGUUGAGUGUGUGUGAGGUUUCCCUUGUUUUUAUGACCGGAAAAGUGCAUUAGAAGCAUGUUGGAAAAAACAGAAAAAAAUGACAUACUAACCCCUUACGAUUAUCUUCACAGCCCAACACUGGCAUUUCAUGCAUUUUGCAUAAAAUGACGAAUUAAAUGGAUAAAUUAACAUUUAACGUCACUUUUAUACCUCAUUGUUGACAACUGAUCGUUG